AGAGGAAGGCGGCGGGAAACCAGCCGAGUUGGAAUCAUGAAUGAGAUGUCCAGCUUCUUGCACAUUGGGGACAUCGUCUCCUUGUACGCCGAAGGGUCGGUCAAUGGCUUCAUCAGCACUUUGGGGCUGGUGGAUGACCGGUGUGUGGUGGAACCAACAGCUGGUGAUUUGGAUAACCCACCCAAGAAAUUUCGAGAUUGCCUCUUUAGAGUAUGUCCCAUGAAUCGCUAUUCUGCCCAGAAACAAUACUGGAAAGCCAAACAAACCAAACAGGACAAGGAUAAAAUAGCCGAUGUGGUACUGCUGCAGAAACUUCAGCAUGCUGCACAGAUGGAGCAGAAGCAGAACGAAACUGAGAAUAAGAAGGUGCAUGGGGACGUGGUGAAGUAUGGAAGCGUCAUACAGCUUCUCCACAUGAAGAGUAAUAAAUACCUGACUGUUAACAAGCGCCUUCCUGCCUUAUUGGAGAAGAAUGCCAUGAGGGUGACGCUCGAUGCCACAGGCAAUGAAGGCUCCUGGCUCUUCAUUCAACCCUUCUGGAAACUGAGGAGCAAUGGAGAUAACGUAGUUGUUGGAGACAAAGUGAUUCUGAAUCCUGUGAACGCUGGGCAGCCACUACAUGCCAGCAACUAUGAACUUGCUGAUAACCCAGGAUGCAAAGAGGUGAAUUCUGUCAAUUGCAACACCAGCUGGAAGAUCAACUUGUUUAUGCAGUUCCGGGACCACAUGGAAGAAGUGCUUAAAGGGGGGGACGUGGUCAGGUUGUUCCAUGCAGAGCAGGAGAAAUUUCUCACCUGUGAUGAAUACAAAGCCAAGCUGCAUGUUUUUCUUCGAACUACCUUGCGGCAAUCGGCCACAUCAGCCACAAGCUCCAAUGCACUCUGGGAAGUUGAGGUGGUCCAUCAUGAUCCCUGCCGUGGUGGAGCUGGGCACUGGAAUGGCUUAUACCGCUUCAAGCACCUUGCCACGGGGAACUAUUUGGCAGCAGAGGAAAACCCCAGUUACAAAGGAGACACAGGAGAACCAAAGUCCACGGCCGGAACCAGUCGCUCCAGUCGGAGAUACACAGGGGAAAAGAUCAAAUAUCGACUAGUAGCUGUGCCUCACGGCAAUGACAUUGCUUCCCUUUUUGAACUGGACCCCACCACGCUGCAAAAGACCGACUCUUUUGUCCCACGGAACUCCUAUGUCCGACUGCGUCACCUCUGCACCAACACUUGGAUCCAAAGUACCAAUGUACCCAUUGAUGUGGAUGAAGAGCGACCCAUUCGCCUUAUGCUUGGCACAUGCCCCACCAAGGAGGACAAAGAGGCAUUUGCCAUUGUCUCUGUGCCAGUGUCAGAAAUCCGUGAUCUAGACUUUGCCAAUGAUGCCAGCUACAUGUUAGCCAAUGUAGUGGAGAAGAUGAAUGAAGGAUUCCUCAGCCAGAAUGACCGGAGGUUUGUGAUCCAACUGCUGGAAGACCUGGUUUUCUUUGUCAGUGAUGUGCCCAACAAUGGGCAGAAUGUUUUGGAUAUCGUUGUUACCAAGCCCAACCGGGAGAGGCAGAAGCUCAUGAGGGAGCAGAAUAUUCUGAAACAGAUCUUUGGGAUCCUGAAGGCUCCAUUCAAGGACAAGGGUGGGGAAGGCCCACUUGUGCGACUGGAAGAGCUGUCUGACCAGAAGAAUGCUCCCUACCAGUACAUGUUCCGGCUCUGCUACAGGGUGUUGCGGCACUCCCAGGAAGACUAUCGCAAGAACCAGGAACAUAUUGCCAAGCAGUUUGGCAUGAUGCAGUCCCAGAUUGGCUACGACAUCUUGGCCGAGGACACCAUCACUGCCCUCUUGCACAACAACCGCAAGCUGCUCGAGAAACACAUCACCAAGACAGAGGUGGAGACAUUUGUGAGCUUGGUGCGAAAGAACCGGGAACCCAGGUUUUUAGACUAUCUGUCAGAUUUGUGUGUGUCGAACCAUGUCGCCAUUCCCGUCACUCAGGAACUGAUCUGCAAGUGUGUGCUGGACCCCAAAAACACUGACAUCCUGAUCCAAACUGAGUUGAGACCUGUGAAGGAGAUGUCCCAGACUCAUGAGUACUUGAGUAUCGAAUUUUCUGAGGAGGAGGUGUGGCUGACUUGGAGUGACCGAAACAACGAUAACCAUGAAAAGAGCAUCCGGCAACUCGCCCAGGAAGCACGAGCCGGCAACGCCCAUGACGAGAACGUCCUGAGCUACUAUAGAUACCAGCUGAAGUUGUUUGCCCGCAUGUGCAUGGAUAGGCAAUACUUGGCCAUUAAGGAAAUCUCCAAGCAACUGGGAGUGGAGCUCAUCUUCCUCUGCAUGGCGGAUGAAAUGUUGCCCUUUGACCUCCGGGCUUCCUUCUGUCAUCUCAUGCUGCAUGUACAUGUGGAUAGGGAUCCACAGGAGAAGGUGAUGCCCGUGAAGUUUGCACGUCUGUGGACUGAGAUUCCUACAGCCAUCACCAUCAAAGACUAUGAUGCCAAUGUGAAUAGCUCAAGGGAUGACAAAAAGAAUAAGUUUGCCAGCACCAUGGAGUUUGUGGAGGACUAUCUCAACAAUGUUGUCAGUGAGGCAGUGCCCUUUGCUAAUGAGGAGAAGAACAAGCUCACUUUUGAGGUUGUCAGUCUUGCCCACAAUCUCAUCUACUUUGGCUUCUACAGCUUUAGUGAGCUGCUGCGCUUGACACGAACUCUUCUUGGCAUCAUAGACUGUGUCCAGAACCCUCAUCUGAUGAUGCAGGCCAUGUACAAUGAUGAUAUGACUGGGAAAAAUGUCCGGAGGUCCAUCCAUGGUGUUGGCCAGAUGAUGUCGACUAUGGUGCUGAGCAGGAAGCAGUCCAUCUUUGGGCCCUCGAAUAUGAAUGCUGUGGUAGUUCCUGAACCUGCUGAUAGGGGAAGGAGCAUAGAAAAUGAAAACAUUGUGGUGAUGGAAACGAAGCUGAAAAUUCUAGAGAUUUUGCAGUUCAUUCUGAAUGUACGUCUGGAUUACAGGAUCUCCUAUUUGCUCUCUGUCUUCAAGAAAGAAUUUGUAGAGGUCUAUCCCAUGCAGGACAGUGGAGCUGAUGGAACAGCUCCAGCCUUUGACUCCACAACUGCAGCAAUGAACCUGGACCGGAUAGGCGAGCAGGCUGAAGCCAUGUUUGGGGUUGGGAAAACAAGCAGCAUGUUAGAAGUCGAUGAUGAAGGAGGCCGGAUGUUCCUUCGGGUGCUGAUCCAUUUGACCAUGCACGACUACCCCCCACUUGUCUCAGGUUCCCUUCAGCUCCUCUUCAAGCAUUUCAGCCAGAGGCAGGAGGUUCUGCACACCUUUAAGCAGCCAGCAGCAUCAGCAGAUGUUCUUCACGGUAUCUCAAUGCAGGUUCAGCUGUUGAUCUCGGCUCAGGAUGUUGAGAACUACAAAGUGAUCAAGUCAGAGCUGGAUAAACUACGCAUGAUGGUGGAGAAGUCUGAGCUCUGGGUGGAAAAGAAGGGCAGCUCCAAGGGAGAAGACGGACAAGAAGGAGAAAAAAAGGAGAAGAAAGAGCGUACCACAGAUGAGGAGCCUGGGACCCCUGGAGAAAAAAGCAGUGAGAACUACCAGCUGGUUAAAGGGAUUCUGGAGCGGCUCAAUAAAAUGUGUGGGGUCGGUGAGCAGAUGCGAAAGAAGCAACAGCGCUUGCUGAAGAAUAUGGAUGCCCACAAAGUGAUGCUGGACCUCCUGCAGAUCCCCUAUGAGAAGGGCGACACCAAGAUGUUGGAGAUCCUGAAGUUAACACACCAGUUCCUGCAGAAGUUUUGUGCUGGCAACCAAGAAAACCAGGCCCUCCUCCAUAAGCAGCUCAGCUUGUUCCUCACCACUGGGCUUCUGGAAGCAGAGACAAUGCAGCACAUCUUCCUGAACAACUAUCAGCUGUGUUCUGAGAUCAAUGAGACGGUGCUGCAGCACUUCAUCCACUGCCUGGCCACCCACGGGCGCCACGUGCAGUACCUGGACUUCCUGCACACCAUCAUCAAGGCUGAGGGCAAGUACAUCAAGAAGUGCCAGGACAUGAUCAUGACUGAGCUGACCAAUGCUGGCGAUGACGUGGUGGUGUUUUACAACGAUAAGGCCUCCCUUGCCAACAUGUUGGAUAUGAUGACAGCAGCCCGGGACGGAGUAGAGGAGAACAGCCCCCUCAUGUACCACAUCUCUCUGGUGGAUCUUCUGGCAGCUUGUGCUGAAGGCAAAAACGUUUACACAGAAAUCAAGUGUACCUCUCUCCUUCCAUUGGAGGACGUGGUGCGAGUGGUUACUCACGAAGACUGCAUCACGGAGGUGAAGAUUGCUUACGUCAACUUUGUCAACCAUUGCUACGUGGACACAGAGGUGGAGAUGAAGGAGAUCUACACUAGCAACCACAUCUGGACGCUGUUUGAGAACUUCACUCUUGACAUGGCCAGGGUGUGCAAGAAGCGUGAGAAGCGUCUGUCGGAUACCUCUUUGGAGAAGUAUGUACUCACUGUGGUGCUGGACACAAUCCAUGCUUUCUUCAGCUCUCCUUUCUCUGAGAACAGCACCUCACUACAGACCCACCAGACUAUUGUGGUGCAGCUCCUCCAGUCAACCACGAGGCUCUUGGAGUGUCCUUGGCUGCAGCAGCAACACAAGGGCUCAGUGGAAGCUUGCAUCCGCACGCUGGCUAUGGUUGCCAAGAGCCGCUCCAUUGCGUUACCCAUGGACCUUGAUGCCCACGUCAGCUCCCUGCUGAACAGCGCCUCUAUCAGCAAUGCUCAGAGGAAUGCCUCCAGCUACAAGACAGCCUCACGCACUUUCCCUCGGGUCUCGGCAACAACCAACCAGUGGGACUAUAAAAACAUCAUUGAGAAGCUGCAGGACAUCAUCAAUUCCUUGGAGGAGCGCUUGCAGCCCCUGGUAGAAGCUGAACUUUCAGUCCUGGUGGACGUCUUGCACCGCCCAGAACUGCUUUUCAUGGAAGGCACGGAAGCCUACCAGCGUUGCGAAAGUGGCGGUUUCCUUUGCAAAUUGGUCCAGCACACCAAAGACCUGAUGGAAAGUGAGGAGAAGCUUUGCAUUAAGGUGCUGAGGACCCUGCAGCAGAUGCUGAUGAAGAGGAACAAAUACGGAGAGAGGGGCAACACAUUGAGGAAAAUGCUUUUGUCUAAUUAUCUGCAAACUAAGAGGUCUGGCUCCAAAGGGGAGAUUGUUGACCCUUCUGGAACUGGCCAAGAUCAGGAUUGGUCAGUCAUUGCUGCCAUUCAGUGCCGGCUGGACAGAGAAGGGGCCACCAAGCUAGUGUCUGACCUCAUCAUGAACACCAAGAAUGAGAAGAUUUUUCAGGAAAGCAUCCGCCUGGCCAUACGGCUGUUGGACGGGGGCAACACGGAGAUACAGAAAUCAUUCUAUAACUUGAUGACGGGUGACAAGAAGUCAGAAAAGUUCUUUAAAGUUCUGCAUGACCGGAUGAAGAAAGCUCAGCAGGAAGUCAAGUCUACAGUGACUGUGAACAUGAGUGAUAUUGGCAACAAACCUCAUGAGGACAAAGACUCCCCAGACCAUACCAGCAAAGAACGAGUCACAUCUUUCAUGCUGCCCAGCGCCCCAUCCCGUUAUCCGAUGGGGGUAGGGCUCCGGAGCGGCCACGAUGCAAGGGAUAGAAGCCAGAGCAAUGAAAUGGGUGUGUCAGUCUUGAUCAUGGAGCCAAUUCUUCGCUUCCUGCAGCUGCUGUGUGAGAAUCACAACCGGGAUCUCCAGAACUUCCUCCGCUGUCAGAACAAUAAAACCAACUACAAUCUGGUGUGUGAAACCCUGCAGUUUCUGGAUAUUAUGUGUGGUAGUACCACAGGACGGCUGGGCUUGUUGGGCCUCUACAUCAAUGAAUACAACGUGGCCCUCAUCACCCAGACUCUGGAGACACUGACAGAGUAUUGCCAGGGACCCUGUCAUGAGAACCAGAGCUGCAUUGUGACCCAUGAGUCAAACGGCAUAGACAUCAUCACAGCCCUGAUCCUCAAUGACAUCAGCCCCCUCUGCAAGUACCGAAUGGACUUGGUUCUUCAGCUAAAGGACAAUGCCUCCAAGCUUUUGCUGGCCCUGAUGGAGAGCAGGCAUGACAGUGAGAAUGCCGAGCGGAUUCUCAUCAGCCUCCGGCCUCAGGAAUUGGUUGAUGUCAUUAAGAAAGCCUAUGUUCAAGAAGAAGAGUGUGAGAACUCUGAUGUUUCUCCUCGGGAAGUUGGACACAACAUCUACAUUUUAGCCCUACAGCUGUCUCGGCACAACAAGCAGCUCCAGCAUCUCUUAAAACCUGUGAAACGAAUUCAGGAGGAGGAAGAGGAAGGGAUCUCUUCUAUGCUCAUUCUACACAACAAACAGCUGACCCAGAUGCUGAAAUCAACAACUCCUGUCCAAGAGGAAGAGGAAGAUCCAUUAGCGUAUUAUGAGAAGCACACAUCCCAGAUAGAGAUUGUGCGCCUGGACCGCAGCAUGGAGCAGAUCAUCUUCCCGGUGCCCAGCAUCUGCGAGUUUGUGACCAAAGAGACGAAAUACCGCCUGUUCACCACAACAGAGCAGGAUGACCAGGGCAGCAAAGUCAGUGACUUCUUUGAGCAGUCGUCCUUCCUCCACAACGAAAUGGAAUGGCAGAAGAAACUGCGCAGCAAUCCACUGAUGUACUGGUUCUCCCGCAGAAUGACACUCUGGGGAAGCAUUUCCUUCAACCUGGCUGUCUUCAUAAACAUCAUCAUUGCUUUAUUCUAUCCUUAUGUCGAGGCAUCCUCAAUGGGGCUGUUGGAUUCUCCACUGAUCCCCCUGCUCUCCUGGCUUUUAAUCUGCUUCUCCAUCAUGGCUCUCUUUACCCGACGCUACGGGAUCCGACCGCUCCUUGUGGCAUUGAUCCUGCGAUCCAUCUACCACCUGGGCAUUGGACUCACUCUGAACAUACUGGGAGCUCUCAAUCUGACAAAUAAGAUUGUGUUUGUGGUGAGCUUUGUUGGCAACCGUGGGACAUUCAUCCGAGGAUAUAAGGCCAUGAUCAUGGAUAUGGAGUUUCUCUAUCAUGUUGCCUAUAUCGUGACCAGCGUCUUGGGGCUCUUUGUGCACGAAUUAUUCUACAGCAUCUUGCUGUUUGACUUGAUCUACCGGGAGGAGACCUUAUUUAAUGUCAUCAAAAGUGUGACACGCAAUGGACGCUCCAUUCUUCUGACAGCCCUUCUGGCUCUCAUCCUCGUCUACCUCUUCUCCAUUGUAGGCUUUCUCUUUCUGAAAGAUGACUUCAUCCUUGAAGUAGACCCAUUGCCCAACAUCAAAUCGAAAGGUACUCCUUUGGGGAUGCAAGCAGACAUGGACACUUUUAUGGAGACAUGCAGUAGCGACAAAAUAAGCUGCUCUUCUGGUGUUGCUAAGCCCAAAGUGAUAGAAGAAGCGGAGGAAGAUAAUUCAGAGCGUGCCUGCGACACAUUGCUCAUGUGCAUAGUCACUGUCCUGAAUCAUGGCCUCAGAAACGGAGGCGGUGUGGGUGACAUCCUCAGGAAGCCCUCCAAAGAUGAGUCUCUCUUCCCUGCUCGAGUGAUCUACGACCUCCUGUUCUUCUUCAUUGUCAUUAUCAUAGUCCUCAACCUCAUAUUUGGUGUCAUCAUCGACACCUUUGCAGAUCUGAGGAGUGAGAAGCAGAAAAAAGAAGAAAUCCUGAAGACAACAUGUUUUAUAUGUGGACUCGAAAGGGACAAGUUUGACAACAAGACUGUAUCUUUUGAGGAGCACAUUAAAUUUGAACACAACAUGUGGAAUUACCUGUAUUUCAUAGUGCUGGUGCGAGUCAAAAACAAGACUGACUACACGGGGCCUGAGAGCUACGUAGCACAAAUGAUAAAGAACAAGAACCUGGACUGGUUCCCUCGGAUGCGAGCCAUGUCACUGGUCAGCAACGAAGGUGAAGGGGAGCAGAACGAGAUCCGUUGUCUACAGGAUAAACUGAAUUCCACCAUGAAAUUGGUAUCCCAUCUCACAUCACAGCUGAAUGAGCUGAAGGAGCAGAUGACAGAGCAAAGGAAGCGAAGGCAGCGGAUGGGCUUUGUGGAUGUCCAGAACAGUAUGAACCACUGAGGCAGCAGAAUUAACUUCACCAAACUAAAACUCUACUUUACAUAUGCACUUCUUGAGGAGGAUAUUUGGUACUAAGUUGCCAGCACAGAUCUCAUCCAUCAAAGAAAGCCGAUUCAUGUCAUGAUGAUUCACAUUUUGGCGUUCCGGCACCAGCUUCUGUUCAUCUCCAGUAGGGCUGAUUGCAUUUUAUUCAAGAGAGAGACCUGAAGCUGACAACUAGUAUGAUUUGUUGCUUUGUGCGGAUUCAUAGUUUACCAUACGUUUGGGAGCUUUGCUGCUCCUUAUGAUAGCUCUGUUGCUAUAACAUGGGUUAUCUGUCUCCAUGCACUACAUUUUGAUGGCUUCGCAGCCAGGUGCAAAUAGGAUUGACACUGUUACUAGCAAGUAGUAGUUGCUAUAUUUUAACUUAUUUUAACAGAGUCCAUGAAAUUCAACAUACAUGGAUCUCUCUUUACAAGCUUGUCAUCUCAGUUUUCCUGGAGUCACUGGCAUUUUUUCUUCAUCUCUAGAAUCCUAUCUAACCCAAGAAGAAACUAAGAAAAUCUACUAUUAGUUUAACACUUCGACUGAAGACGAGCAGCAGAUUCCAUUGUUGAGAAAUGCAAUGGCAUUUUGUUCCAUGGAGAGACUUUUAUCAGCGUUAGUGGAAGAUUGCAUGUUCACGCUGCACUGUGAAAGAGCAAUCUCUUUCUCCUCUUUCCCACACAAUAGGUUAGAAGACAGUACACACUUAGGCGUUAGCCUGCCUCUAGGGAGGUUAAAAGGUGGUAGAACUGGAUUAUUUCAGUUGGCUAAUGCAAGGUAGCAGUAAUAUUUCAACUAUCAUCAGAAUGGACACUGAACGGUCAUUAGUUAGUGUAAGAAAACAGGUUUGGGGAGAA